GUCGUUUCUGCACCGUUAAGAGAUAGGCUUACAUUCCCAGCUUUGCUCAAAGGCGAUUCCGGCUCUGCCACUUAUGAAAGAUGGUUGUAAUAUUACAUACGAAUACCCACAUGGGUAUCAAAAAAGUUGAAUCUUUAGCCUCUUUUCAUACUCCCCAAUUCAAUUUUUCAUCUGGGUUUUUGAUUUCUAAAGCUCCCAGUUUUAGUUUUGGUGUAAAGAAGACCAAGAAAGCUGAGCAAAAGAAUAUUGGGGUUUUCUUGGGAUAUGGGAAUUGUGGGAAAAUUAGUGUUGUCAUGAAAGGAGGGUCAGGUGAUGGUGGGGUGAUUGAGAAAGAAUUGGAGUUUAAACCAUCAUUUGAUGAGUAUUUGAAAGCUAUGGAGAAUGUUCAGAGUGUUAGAGAUAAGAGAAAGCAAGCUAAGAGCAAAACAAGAAAGGGUGGAGAGGAUAAUGGUUUGGUGGUUUUGGAAAAGAGUGAUAAAAAGAUGAGGGUUGAAGAUGGUGAAGUUGGUGGUUCGGGGCGAAAGGAUUUGGGGUCUGUGGGAAGUGGAGGUGGUGAUGAUAUCAGAAGGUCGGAAGUUGUGUCGCUGGAACGGAGAAAAAUUGAGAGUGGGAUUGUGAAGGGAGGGGCAAGGAAGAUGGGAUUUAAGGAUAACAGUAGUGUAGGAAAUAUAGGUGGUUUGAGACGGAGUAGAGGUGAUUCUGAUGUCGAAGGGACGGAAGUUGGAAUGUUGAAACAAGAGAAUAAGAGUGGACUAGUGAAGGAAGGUGCUAGGAGGGUUGGAAUUGAAGAGAAGAGUAAUAAGAGAAAUGCCAUUGGUUUGGUUCGAGAUGAACCGACAUUUAGAAGUAGUGGAGAUGAUACUAAAGUUGAGAGGAAUUUGGGAGAAUCAAGAAAUGGGAGAUGGACGAAUAAUCAGAAUGGCGGUGUUAGAGAAACUCAACAAAAUGAUAUAUAUAAAGGAGAAAGAUACAGGGGAAGUUCUAGUUAUCAGACAAGUAGAAGGGAUCAUACUGAAGGUGGAAAGAAUUAUGCUCAAAGUGCACAGCAAAAUGUGAGACGAGUCAGGGUUGGCAAGCAUGGUUACGAGGACAGUGGUGGGACAGAUAGAGCAGCCUUUAGGGCAUUAGAGGAGUAUAAUUAUAUUGAUGACAAGCCACCUGUUUCACGGGUAGAUAUGGAGGAGAGAAUUCAGAAAUUAGCAAAGAGUUUAAAUGGUGCAGACAUUGACAUGCCUGAGUGGAUGUUCUCGAAGAUCAUGAGAAGUGCAAAGAUUAGAUUUGCAGAUCACUCAAUGCUGAGGGUUAUUCAGAUAUUAGGCAAAUUUGGAAACUGGAGACGGGUGCUACAAGUCAUUGAGUGGAUUCAGGCUCGAGAACGCUUCAAAUCUCACAAAUUAAGGUUUAUUUACACAGCUGCCCUUGAUGCACUUGGAAAGGCUAGGCGGCCUGUGGAGGCACUCAAUUUAUUUUACACGAUGCAGAAACAGAUGUCCACAUAUCCUGACAUUGUGGCCUAUCACUGUAUUGCUGUCACUCUUGGACAAGCAGGACAUUUAAAGGAACUUUUUGAUGUGAUUGAUAGCAUGCAGUCUUCUCCAAAAAAGAAAUUUGAAACUGGGGUCAUUGGGAAGUGGGACCCCCGAUUGAAACCAGAUAUAGUUGUUUUCAAUGCUGUCCUUAAUGCAUGUGUGCAACGCAAAAAGUGGGAAGGUGCAUUUUGGGUGCUGCAGCAGCUGAAGGAAGAGGGCCAACAGCCUACUACCACAACUUAUGGGCUCAUUAUGGAGGUAAUGUUAGCAUGUGGUAAGUACAACUUGGUGCAUGAAUUUUUCAAGAAAAUUCAUAAAUCAGCUAAUGCUUUGACAUAUAAAGUUCUUGUGAAUACCCAUUGGAAAGAAGGAAACAUAGAUCUGGCUGUACGGGUUGUCAAAGAGAUGGAAGGAAGAGGGAUAAUUGGUACCAGUGGCCUUUAUUAUGAUCUUGCUCGAGGCCUCUGCAGUGCAGGGAGGUGCCAAGAGGCAUUAAUGCAAAUUGACAAAAUAUGUAAAGUUGCAAGUAAACCUCUAGUGGUAACAUACACAGGCUUAAUACAGGCCUGUUUGGAUUCUGGAAAUAUUCAAGAUGGAGUUUACAUCUUCAAGCACAUGCACAAGUUUUGCUCCCCGAAUUUGGUGACAUGUAAUAUCAUGUUGAAAGCUUACCUGGAUCAUGAGAUGUUUGAAGAAGCUAUAGGGUUGUUCCAGAAAUUACUUGAAAGUGGCAAUCAUAUUAGCAGUAAAUCAGAUUACAAGGACAGAGUUAUACCCGAUAAUUAUACGUUUAACUUGAUGCUAGAUGCUUGCACGAUUCAGCAGAGAUGGGAUGAUCUAGAAUUUAUUUACAGAAGAAUGCUGCAACACGAGUAUCACUUCAACGCAAAGCGUCAUCUUCGGAUCAUACUGGAUGCCUGCAGGGCGGGGAAGAUGGAGCUGCUGGAAACAACUUGGAAGCACUUGGGCGAAGCUGAUCGUCUGCCACCACCAGUUCUUGUUAAGCAGAUGUUUUGCUUAAAAUUGGAGCAGAAAGACUACAGUGCUGCUUUUGCUUGUGUUACAAAUCAUCCCUCGAGCGAUUUGCCAGAAUUUUCCCAGAAAUCAUGGUUGCUGUUUUUCAAGGAAAAUUCUCAUCGUCUACAAAAGGAGAAUCUUGUAGGCUUGGUACAUGAAAUCAGCAAUGUAUAUACUAGAAGUGACUCCCCUAACAUAAUACUUGAGAAUCUAAGCUUUGCUUGUAGAGAAUUUUUGAGAAAACAUAUGAAAGUAGAUGAUUUUGAUCAAUCAUUAGAAGCUAGAAUGACCUGUGUCUGAGGUAAUUUCUUGAUAAUUGUAGGUGGGCACUCCUGUAACAUUCAAUCAUGUAUUUGCUUAUGAUCAACUAAUCAGUUAUCAAUGUAGUGUAACGUGUAACAAGUACAUGUGUAAAUGUUAAUUGUGGAUCA